AUGGUUCACAUAUUCGAUAAACACAUCUCAAUCACGCCGUAUCAUCCGGAUUUGGUACUGAAUGGUAUUAGGGGAGUUAAAGAGUAAGGUUUUACAAAUUUUUUAAAAUUUAAAAAAAAAUUUUUAAUUUUAAAAAUUUUUGGUUUUUUUAAUUUUUCGAAAUUUUUUAAAAUUUUUUUAAAACUUUUGAAAUUUUUCAAAAUUUUUUUAAGUUUUUUAAAUUUAAAAAAAUUAUAAUUUUAGUUUCUCCGAAACCUCGCUAAAACGCCUUCAAUGGCCACACGAGAAAGGCCAAAGGAAGCCGGCUGGCGGCGAUGGCGGAGAAAUUGUAGCCGAGUCGAUUACUGUAUUGUGGCAGGAUGGUCAACUAAUCUUCCCCCUAUCUGAAGUUGUAUGUUAUAAUAAAGUUUGGUUAUAGAGAGGUUAAGAUAAUAAAGGUUAGGUUAAAAUUGCGGUAGGGAUAGGGCAUGGUUGCUAGAGAAAGCUUACUGUAGGACAGGGUAGAGCCGGGUAGGGUAGGCAUCAAUACGAUUGGCUGGGGCAGAGAAAGUUGGCUUAGCUUAGGCUAAGAACAAGAUAUGGUAAUGUAGAGUAGGGUAUGAUAAGGUAGGCUAGGGUAGAGUAGAAUAGGGUAGAGUAGGAUAAGGUAACGUAAGUUAUGGAAGGCUAAAGUAAAGUAUUUUAGAGCAAGGCGGAGAUAAAUACUGUAGAGUAGAGUAAUACAAGAUUUCAUUACUAUAUUAAUCAUUUUCAUUUCAGCCCCAAGCCCUAGCCACUCGAGAAAAAGACCACUCCAUAGUAAAAUACCACGGUUUGUUCCUCGCCCAACUCGACGGUGAAGUAGCGUACCAGCCUUCUGAACAAAACGGUGACUUUUACUAUAUUCUGGUCGAGAACGUUGACCACAAAUGGAAUGUGAUUCGAUUCGCGGCCGAUCAAACCGCCGUUCUCGAGCCGUUCGUCAAGCAUUCGAUGCCGAUUCCAUCGAGGAACGGCCUCGAAUACCUAUCGUACCAUCGUGCCGUGAAUGCGGUCGAAAAGUUCAUAGUCGAUUCGGACGAAGCGCCAGUUUUUAAUAUUAUGAAAGUCGACCGACAAAGCCUGGUGGCGACCGGUCGAGUGUCACAUAAAUAUGCAUCAGCCGGUCAUGAACAUCACAGUGUCACGAAGAGCUUCUCCAAACAGCUACUGAGUUUGGAGGACGCGGCCGAUGACGUUUUUGAGCCGUUUGGUCAAAUUAUCACUGAUAUUGGCUAUGUUGAGGAACCCACUGAAGUGCUAUGGCCUGGAGUACUGAAUAAGGAGGGGUUCGCUGGGGUAUUGGAACAAGACUUCCAAAUGAGCUGGGUGCCUAAUGGUGAAGGUGCUUAUGAACUGGUUUUUAAAGGUAGGACAUAGCAUGGUAUGAUAGAUAAGGUAGUAUAUCAGACUGGGAAGGUAGGGUAAGGUAGUUAAGGAUAGGGUAGGGUAAUUGUAUGGUAAAAUAGGGCAAGGUAUGAUAGAGUAGACUAAGGUAAGAUUGGGAAGAGUAGGGUAAGAUAAGGUAGGCUGGGUAAGGGUGGGCAUAUUAUGGUAUGUUUAGAGUAGAGAUUACAAAAUGUAUACUGUACUACAUUAUACUGUAAAACAUUUGAUUUUAGGCUUAUCUGGAUCAUUUGCGGGCGAUGAAGGCAAACCUGGAGUUGAAUAUAACCCUGAACUUGGCAUCUACAAAGCUAAUGUAAGGUUUUUUAAUCCACCCCUCCUCCUCCCCCCAAAAUUUUUUUUCAAAAAAUUAGAAGAUGCGCGCCUUGAUUUGAAAAAAAUUUUACCUCCCCCCCCACAAUUAAAUAAAAGAAAAAUUACCCCGCCCAGACAGAAAGUGACAAAUUAGAGUAAUAUAACAAGCUAUUAAGUAAUAAAAUGACAUUUCAGUUAAUGUUAACCAGGCCAGACAGUAGCUUCUUCUUAAAAGCAGCCUCUCCAGAAGCUGCCUUUGCCAUGUUAUUCGCUUUACCUAAAGAUGGCAAAGGAGAACCAGAUGAUCAUACCCUUCGGGGAUUCAUCUUUGCUGGUGGUAAGGGCUUUAUUUUAUACUUUUUUUACUUUUUUAGUUGAUUUUUAUCAUUCGUUUAAAGUUACAGUACUUUUUCGAUCAUUUUCAAGUAUUUUUCAAAUAAUUACUGUACGUUUUUGGCCAUUUUCAUCCAUUACUUUACCCUUUCUGCCGUUUUUAAAACCACACCCCUUUGUUCAAAACCAAAAUUUUAGGUAAAGCCCUAAGGCUCCCACCUCACGUCUGGCACUCCGUCCCAAUCCCAUUGGCUAGCCAAGAAUCCAUUUUGCUAACGGAAGUUAUUGCCGCCACCAAUGCCAAUCUUACCAUUGAUGUUGAGAACGAGACUGGACAUUCAAUUCAGUUCACUCAGUCGAUUUAA